ACAGUAACAAUUUUCCUUUUCAAUACUUGGUGUCAUCGCAUAAGAAAUGUGUGAUGUGGUUUUAUUGGAAUUGCUAAUCUCACAAUUGUGGUAUCCUUUAUCUGACGCUAUUUUCAGUACAGGAAUGGAAAUGGUCACCUUUAUUACUUUUUUUUUAAUCUCUUGAAGUUAAACCAUAUUAACUUAAGUUGGAUAGGGGACAGCUGUGGUCUAAAUUUAUAUUUUUUGUUUUUCUGAUGAAGGAUAGUUAAGAAGUAAGGCAGUGAGUUAAUGUUAUAAGUAUAAGAAUGAAGGUCUGGGAACAUCUUGUCAGUAACUGCUGGCGGUAGUGGCAAAACUUUAAUCAAUGUGCCCUUGAAUUUCAUUCCUGCUGUGGUUAACGUGAAGGCUUCACAGCUUGGCAGAGAGGUGUAAUGUCAGCCAAUUACCUCCAUUGCCAGGCUUCUGGCAGAUUAGAUCCAAUGUCUUUUCACCCCCCACCCAGUCCAUCUCAGCCUUGCUCUAUCCAGCUACCUCCUGAUCCAGGUCAGAGUUCUUUCACUUCAACCAUGGCAGGCCUUCUUGCUGUGCCUGCUUUGCUUUUAACAAGUGGCCCCUCUUUCUUCUGAUGCUCAAAAUGCACGAGGAAGGAAAUGUGUUUCAGCAGUACUUGACUUGUCCUUGCUCUGAAAACUUGAAAAGAUGAAAAUAAUUCAGGCCAUCUUUGCAAUCUUUUGGAAUUUGGAAGCCCAUUGUUUGAUUUAUCUGGGUUGGUUAAUUUUUAUUUGUCGGAAGAUUCGUCGUGUCCAGUAUAUUUUUGCUGUUCAUUUCAAGAAUCCCACUUCUUCCAGGUUGGUCAUGAAUAUGACAGACAAGCUGUCCUGAAUGGCUGUUAACUGCAUCUGUGCUUUAAACAUGUCAGGUCCAGUUGGGCAGCUUGCCUCAAAUUCGCUUGAAGCACUUUUGCCAUGAAGUUUGCAAUGAAUUGGUUAAAACCUGUUGCGAUUAAACAUUUUUGCACCUGCUAUUUCCAGAGCACAGGUUGAUGUGAUCUUGCAACAGUAAAUGAUUUUAGUGCUGAACAGAGCAAGUCUUAACUAUUACUGAGGUAACUCUUAGGGUGGAGUGCGGUAUGGUGCCUUGCUCAUGGGCCAUUUCUUAACAUUAUUGGAGUCUUGUUCAACAGGCUAAUGUGAACUGCUCUUAAUUCCAUCACAGGAGGGGGAGGGGAUCUCUUUAUAAACUAAUGUAUAUUGUAGACAAGACUGGUGUGGUUACAAAGCAGUACUCUGUUGCUUGCCUGCUAGCACAAAUUAUCUAAGAUCUUCCCACAUAGACUAGGAAGCGUGUGGCUUUUUAAAUCAGUGAUGCGGCCUGCCUAUUCCUGCUGGCUUGCCCUGGGAAUGGUAAUCGUGAGGGUGUACGGCAGAGAAAUUUUGAAGUGACUGUUUUAUUGUGUCCUUGCCCAUCUCUUUAUCCCACCCCUAAGCCACCCCUAAACGUACUGAUUUAGCUUGACUAAAAUUUAAGGUCACCCUCUUAACAAUUCUGUUUUCUCCUGGAAUUAGCUUUUACUGUGUUUAGUGACCGUAAAACCAUCUUAAUACAAGUGUUCUACAUUGGUGCAUGGUUGCCAGGAGUUUACAUUGGGACCUUUAAAUGCUCUUUGUAACCAAUAUUCUUUUUUAAUAUGCUCCAUUGCUUAUUUAACUGUUUUAUUUUCCAUUUAAUAAUUACGUCACAAUUUGAAUCCCAUAGUUACAUUCUUUCAGUUUGAACAGUUUAAGGUGCUGGUUUUGGUUGACCUUUUUAACCUGCUGAAAUUUUUUUAUUUAGAAUACUUUCGGUUUGCUGCCUUUUUUUUAAUGGUGACAUUAGGAGGUGACCACAGCUGUCUUUCAGUAAUUGUUAAAACUGUAAAUAAGUAUUUACUGAGUAACAAGCUUUUAUUUUUAUUGUAAUGAUGAGAGGAGAAACUUGCUUUUGUAUCUGCAUGCCGAUAGUCGAAAAUGUUCCACUUGAUCAGGAAAUCCACUGGUCCUGUCAGCCAAACAUUUAGAAACUAGUGUUGGAAGUAGCGACUCAUUUGAUGAAAAACUCAGCUGCUGGGACAGCCAGCUGAGCACACAUUCAAUAGUACAGAUCCAGCACCCUCGAGGCAAACACUUGCAGUAGUAAUGCACCAGAAAGGUUUUUUUUCACUUCUGGGAGGUGGCAGGUGCAGGGUAAUUGGUUGGGAGCCUUUAUCAUUGCACGGGAGGGUCAGGAAAUGGUGAGCUUCAAACUAUUCUAUGGCAGCUUGGGCAUCGUGGAGCUUUAGGAUCCAUCCUUGAAGUGAUAGGCUGAUGCACUGGAGUGUAAGACCUGGCUGGAAUUUGACAAUCCAGAAUUUAUUUUUUAAUUAUAAAAGUUUUAAUUGCCUGGAGAUGCAGAUGACAUUGAGCUGUAGUGCAGAAAAUGGAAUGUCACUGCAUAGAAUUGUUCAUAGGAAAUGGAGAAAGGUUAAAAGUUCUUAAUAAUUAUUUCCUUUUCUGCUAACAAUAGUAGGUGAGGGGUCAGAGGUAGGCAGGGACAUAGGAGCAGUAUUGGGCUAUCUGCCCCGUUGAGUCUUUGCUAUUCCACCAUGGUUGAUGUAUUUUCCCUCUCAACCCAAAUUCUCUGCAUUCUCCCCGUAACCCUGGAUGGCUGCCACCACCACUUUAAAUAUACCCAAUGUUAUGGCCUCCCCAGCAAUGAAUUCCACAGUUCACCGCCCUCUGACUAAAGAAAUUGCUCCUCGUCUCCAUUCUAAAGGUCAUUAACCAACUUUAAUGACUGAUGCUUGUCUUUGCUAGAGAUCUGAGGGAGGCAAAUGGCCUUUGAAUUCCCUUACCAUGCUUUUCUACAGCUAUUUUCAAUUCCUCUACCUGUAAAUUGUGUAACAGAUCUUGUACACUUAAAAGUGAUUUCUAUCAGUAGAGUUAAAUGUAGCAGCAAACUGCCCCGAUGGUCUGCUUGCUGUGGUUUCAGUGCAGUACUGCAGAAAAUGUGAAUGCAUUGUUUGUAAUCUUAUCAAAAUUCUGCAGAAAUAGCAACUGUAACAUCAAGACAAACUGUGAGAGGCAAUAGGCCAGAUAACGUCUGUACUUAGGGUAUUUCUUAACCAAAAUCAAGCAGAGUUAAUGUUUUAUGAAAGGGAAGUUGUGUUUUUACACACUUACUAUUGUCCUUUGAGGGUGUGACAGAUGAGGUCUGUAAUGUGGAUUUCUGGAUAGUAUGAACACGAGGGUUGGGGCAUGGAUAUUGGCGUGGGAAGGGAUUGUGUAACUAACAGAAGCGGUUUGGAUAAAUGUAAUACUGGGGUUGGAGCAUGUGUGAAAGAGACUGACAAGUUAUAGUGAAAUGAGAUGAGAAUGGAUUGCCACCCUAGAGAGUAAAGGAGGUGGAAUCUAUUCAAGGUGAAAAUUGAGUGAUAUGAAUAAAUCACCCAUGAUCGGAAUGGUACAGCUGCCCGACGGGAAUAGUUGAGAAGCUGACUAGGAUUUGUCCUGUAGUAAGAAAGGAGCCACACCCACACCACUUCAUUAGUGCUCACACAUUAAGAGGCCCCCAUUAGGUGCCAAGGGCUCAAUGGAGACAAAUCACCUCAAAUCUUGUGUGCAGUUCCCUGUCAACAGCUUUAAUUUGGUGAUUAUGGGUUUAAUUCUUUAUAGAGUAAUUACUUGUGUUUUUAUUGGGUUUAAAACUACCUUACAUCUGGCUUUUAAUUUAAAUUCGAGAGCACCAAGAUGAGGCCUUUAGUUUUAAUUGGGACUUGUGUUUUCUAUCCUGUCAGAUCAGACAAGUGAGUGAGAGGAACAGAGGACAGAAAUGGCUGCAGGACCAGUUGCUUUCUAUUGGCUGUUUGCAGCACAGGGCAGACUGGUUACAUUUUCUGUUCUGCAUUAUGUCGCUGCUGUCCAACUAGUAAUUAGGUGGUCUCAAUCCUUUAAAAGCAUGUUUGGAUUCUGUGGGCUGAAGCUGCACAGGCUGGCUUGUGAAAGUAUUUGUCCUUCAGCACAUGGUGUCUAAUUAGCCGAAGUAACUGUUAACUAGUAUUGAGAAAUGUGCCUCUGAGUUCCUAGGGUUGUAACGAUGUGGAUCGCAGCAGGUUCAUUCUGCUUGCAUGCUCACCAAAGCUAUGAUUGAAUUCCCAAUUUUUUCUGAUUGAUUCCUUGUGUCAAAUGGAUAUGAACAACUGAAUUACUGAUUCCAUUUCGAAACUCCCCAUCUUCCAUUUGGAUAUUGUAUGUGUUCAGAUUAAUCUUAUAAGACUUGUUGCAACCCUAGCAACGACGAGGCCUGUGUUUAUAAGAAUGAAAUGUUUAAUUCUGCGUAUAUUGACCUACAAACCCCUGAUUUCCUUUUAACCAAAAUCCCCCUUUGACUCCUUUCUAAAACAAAACUUUUAAAAUUUAUAUUUAGACAAACUAAUAGCAGGGUUUACAGGUGCACUGCGUGGGACCCAACCUGCAAUUCAUGGUUUGGAGAGAAGCUGAGCUUUUCCUGACCAUUUUUUUCUUCAUUUACUUCUAUACAAAACAAACAAAAGAAAAAGAGGGGCCAGAGAGCAGCCUGGGACUGCCAGUAAGGCUUAACAUGUCUCUUUAGUACCGAUCACAGAAGUAGCAGCUUUAGCUCAGUAGGUGCAGGAGAGCUACAUUCGACAUCUGAAGAAACCGGAAAAAGGCCAUUCUAUCUUGAUUAACUGCCGUUGGUACCAACCACCAGACAGCUCCCACCCCCCCCAUCUUCUCCCACCCCAACCCUCCCACAAAUCUUUUUAGUGCAUAACUUACCUUGAGUUCUAUGCAGGUUAAUGUUUUUUUUGCUCAAAAGGUUUGUAAGAUGAUAGCUGAAAGUACAAUCUUACAACGUCACCAUAGAAUAAGAAAGAACACGCUUUUACAAUUAAUGAGCUGUGUGGUAAAGCAGUUUCCAAAAUCCCCUUUCCUUGUAGGGGCUGGGAGGGAAAGCACCUCUUGUUGACUGAGUCUGUGUUCAAAGUUCAGAAGACAUUCAGUGGGACAAUACAACGUGUUGGGGGUCAUACUCGCACAGAAACUGUGCCAGUGGCAGAUGUAGAGUGUAGGAAUCCUCGUUGCGAUGCAUUGAGUGGUUCGUGUAGGAUAUUGUUAUUGUUUAUUAGUAGAAGGCAGAUGCUUUUGCGGUCUGGGCUUUGCUCCCUGCAUAGAGUGCAGCCGUGCCACCUGAGAAUAUUCCUAUUGGGACUCCGCAGCCCGUGUCUUGAAAAUGUUAUCUCCAUGCACCCGUUAUUUGGGUUGAUGCGUUUAAAGCCUUUGGCGUUUUCUCUCUGCAGUUGGAUUUACUUUUAACAAGUUCUCCAUUUUAUAGGCUAAUGAGACUUGAACCUUAGUUACAGUGGGAAUAGAGAAAAUGGGUACUGGCAUGUUACAUGCUUUAUCUCUGGGUUUGUGCCACAGACCCUUGGAAGAUUCUUGACCUGUUUAUGCCUCUUAAAUAGCUGAGGCAGUGACACCUCACCAAAACUGGUCAGGUCCACCCUCAGUUAGGAUGCACGAUUGAAGGGUUCUGGAGAGCACUGCUCUUCACGUGCACUUUCCUUAACUCUCUCAAAGGCAAUGAAACUAGAAGAUCGGUCACUGGAAUGAGCAAAGGAUUUGUCCAGUUCAGAGCAUCUCCAAAGCAUUGCUAAGCCCAGUUCCACUUUGCUCUGUUGCUGUCACAGUUGUGCAUGGGUGGGUCAAGUCUCGGGAUAUACAGAACUUGUUUGUCUGGGUGGGGGACUAGAUGGUAUUUUUCUGAUUGAAUGCAGUCUGCUUAGUCAACAAGAGGGCUGGCCCUGAGUGCUCACGUGACCUCAAGCUUGUUCUAUAGUGUAAAAUGUUAUUUGAUAUUUUCCUAAAACUGUCUCAUUAAAUCCCUGUUCACAGCCUUAGCACACUUCCAAAUGACUAGCUAACCUAGCUACUGCCUCUUCAGUGAAAGGCGGGACCACUGACUGUUCAUUGUGUUCCAAGUGCAGACAGUGACGCUAACCAGAUUAACUGUUCAGGAGCCAUAAUCAGCUCAGGUCUCCCUCUCCUGAGCCCAUUUACAACAGUGAGGGCAAGAGGCUGAACACACGCGAGUUCCGAACUCGGAAGAAGUUGGAGGAGGAGAGACACAAUCUUAUUCAGGAGAUGAUUGCCCUGAAUCCUGAUUUCAAACCCCCAGCGGACUACAAGCCACCGGCCACACGUGUAAGCGACAAAGUGAUGAUACCUCAGGACGAGUACCCGGAGAUCAACUUCGUCGGAUUACUGAUUGGACCCAGGGGCAACACAUUGAAAAAUAUUGAGAAGGAAUGCAACGCCAAGAUCAUGAUCCGAGGGAAAGGCUCAGUGAAGGAAGGGAAGGUGGGGCGGAAAGACGGACAGAUGCUCCCCGGCGAAGACGAGCCACUGCACGCACUGGUCACAGCAAACACCAUGGAGAAUGUGAAGAAGGCAGUGGAACAGAUCCGAGGUAUCCUGAAGCAGGGGAUUGAAACUCCCGAGGACCAGAAUGACCUGCGGAAGAUGCAGCUGAGGGAGCUGGCCCGACUCAAUGGCACCCUGCGGGAGGACGACAACAGGAUCCUGCGGCCCUGGCAGAGCACGGAGCCCCGAAGCAUCACCAACACAACGUUGUGUACAAAGUGCGGUGGGGCUGGACACAUUGCAUCUGACUGCAAGUUUUCUAGGCCAGGUGACCCACAGUCAGCUCAAGACAAGGCGCGGAUGGACAAGGAGUAUCUUUCGUUAAUGGCUGAACUGGGAGAAGCACCGGUUCCGACAUCGUCGACGUCAGUGGGACAUCCAAGUACAUCACAGCCCAGCGUCCCGCGCACCACAGUCCCCAGUAACACCCAGCCACAGAUUCCAAGCAGACCUCCGUGGAUGAACUCGGGCCCCUCAGACAGCACCAGACCUUACCACGGGAUGCACGGUGGCCCAGGAGGGCCGCACCCUGGCUUCCCGCCCCCGAUGCCCAGCAUGAGCGGACACCCGAUCCCGCACAACCCCAACGGGCCUCCGCCACCUUGGAUGCAGCCGCCGCCACCUCCGAUGAACCAGGGUCACCCGCCCGUGCACCCACCUAUGAACAUGAUGCCCCAUCCGAUGGGGAUGAUGCCUCCACCACCCCCACCGCCAGCCAGCCAGCCUCCGCCCCCGCCCACCGGCCCCGUCCCCCCUUGGCAGCAGCCGCAGCCGCAGCCACAGCAGCAGCCGCAGCCACCGCCGCCACCUCCCAGCAGCAGCAUGGCCUCCAGCGCACCCUUACCCUGGCAACAGAGUGAAUACCAACACCACGACGACUACUGCGGCGACAGUCCCUCCGUGGCAGCAGCAGCAGCAGCAGCAGCCGCCUCAGGCCCAGCCCACGCCGGCCUCCAGUGCGGCCCCUCCUCCACCGAUGCCUGCCGCCCCUUCUAUGGUUCCCCCUCCCCCUGGGGUCCAGCCUCCCCUCCCCCCCGGAGCCCCACCUCCACCACCCCCUCCUCCACCCGGCACGGCCGGUAUGAUGUACGCUCCCCCACCCCCUCCCCCCAUCGACCCCGGCAACUUUGUGAUGAUGGGGGUAGGCGUCCCGGCAAUGCCCCCCUUUGGAAUGCCCCCUGCUCCGCCCCCUCCCCCUCCCCAGACUUAAAAGACCCCUUCCUUAAUAACCCGUACCCUCGAAACAUGUACAGAUAAGGACAUUCACUCUAAAGCCGGUGUCAUGACUGACGCAGGAACUCGCCAAGACACGCUUUUUGUGGAAUUUUUUUUAAGAUUUUAGAACAAAAACAAAUAGGCACAACUGUAAACGCUAGAGAGCGGCCUCUGUGUCUCGAGCGGACAGAGAGCCCGCCAUUGUGUCCGGCUCGGGGAAGUGCGGGAGUGCAGUUGGUUGUCGUUGAGGGGGGUGGAGCGAGAGGGAGGAUGGUAACGCUGCAAGCAGUUUCUCAUAAAUACCCCGAGUCUCUGAACUGUUACCAUGAUCAGUCAGAAGAUGCGGGCGAAGGGGUCAGAGGGAAGUGCUCUCGCUCUUCCCCUCCCCUUUACCCCCUCCUUUUCCCUUUUACUGGGGGCGUGCGAGUGCCUGUGUCUUGUGCAUUCCUGAAUCUUCCAGAAGCUGCAUCAGCGUUCUGGCGGUUAACAGGCUCAGCAUCUACCGGAGGAAGCUGUCUCCGGUUGAACCAAUGCCCACUAUAAACUGGUUGUUUGGGGAGGGGAGGGGGAAAACAGGGAUCAAGAAUUUGUAUAGUUAAAGGCAGCAGUAUCACUCGUUCUCUCCAUGGUAUAAUAACCAGUUCAGAAAUUAAAAAGUUCCACUUGCAAAGUGGCUUUCCGGGUGUUUCCAGUGUGAGCACCAUAUUGGUAGCUUGUGCUGGGCUCCCCGGGGGCUCCUGGCAGUGGCUUGUUUCGAAAUGCGUAACGCUAGUAAAUGUUGCACAGCGGUGGGGGGGUUGUUUUUCUUUUUGUUGUUGUUACGCCAACCAAUGAUCUUUCCUGGUGUUCCUCGUCCCCCCCCCAUCCUCUCACCUGAUCUUUGGUGCUACAAGCAAGAGAUAUACGAGGAGGAGGAAGAGGUCUGUGUCUUCCCCCAAACCCCAAAUUCAGAAUUAUCAAGCACCCUCCUGCUGCGAGAAGGUGGAUGGGGCCUCUUGCUCCCUGCCAGAUCCUGAACCAGAGAAUCCGUGGGCCG